CCGGAAGAAGAAUUUUGCUAAACCGGAAAUAAACAAUACUAACGCGUUUGAAAGGCGGUUUUUUUCUGAAGCGUGACACGAAAACGGGGAAACCAGAUGAAUUUGACAAGGUGAAGGUAGACCAGAGAUUGAAGAAGCAUCAUCUGCGUCAAAGGAAGAGCCGACGAUGCAGGAGGAGUCGGGACGAUCGGCCUCGUACACGCUGCCCUGUGAUGACUACGUCCACGUCGUGGAGUUCAGUCCCUACGACUGCGGCUCCGCCUCCUCGCUCCUCGCCUACGCCGAAAACAGGCACGUCGUCGUGGGAACGUGCCGCUUCAAGGAGGAAGAUGUGGAUGUAGACGGAGUAGAAUUCACCGCUCUGCGUGUCUUCAUGCACGGGGUUCGUGCUGACGCUCUAGCAUGGAGUCCAGAAUCCAGACUGGACAAACUGCCUCAGAUGAUCAGGUUUUGCACGGCGUCGGCCGACAGAAAGAUCAGACUCUUUACUUCAGAUCUUCAGAAGCUUGAUGAAAUAGAGGUGAUGGAGGGACACACCAGCUACAUCAACCAGGUCGUAUUUGAGCCCACAGAAGGAAAGCAAAUAGCAUCAGUCAGUGACGAUCACACUUGCAGGGUUUGGGAUCUGAAAGGGAAUGAAUGCGUAUCGUUCCGGCUGUGGUCUCCUGGUGUCUCCGUGUGCUGGCAUCCCGAGGAUGCGUAUAAGCUGAUGGUGGCUGAGAAAAAGGGCACCAUCCGUUUCUACGACCUCGUCACCCAGCGGGCCAUUCUGUCUCUGGACAGCGGGCAGAUGCCGAUCAUGUCUGCUGAUUGGUGCCUCAUGAACACCAUUAAAGUGGGCGCUGUGGUGGGGAGCGACUGGGUGAUCUGGGACAUCACGCGCUCUAGUUAUCCUCAGGACAAGAGACCAGUGCAUUUGGACAAAGCUCGACUCUUCAGGUGGUCGAGAGCAAACGAGAAUAUUUUUGCAACCACCGGCUGUCCGGGAAAGAUCAGCAGCCAGUUACUGGUGCAUCACCUCAGUCACCCGCAGCCUGUGAUGAUCGGUUCAUCAGUCGUGGGCUCUGGUCUGUCCUGGCACAGGACGCUCCCCCUGUGUGUGAUCGGUGGAGACCGAAAGCUCUCUUUCUGGAUGACCGAGAUGUGAGGCAGCUUUUUGUCAUGACUCUAAAGAAUGGGUUUUUUUUUUUGCAGCUUACCUCUUUAAUAAAUCAAACAUUUUUUCAA